ACAGUUGCCGACACUGGUGAAUACCUUUACGGCAGCCUUUGGUCACACGUGUUGUCAUCGCAUGGCAGUCUCGGAGUAAAUAGCAGCAGCUAGCCGAGCUAAAAUAAUACUUGAAGAAAAUGUCUUUCCGAGGAGGAGGUGGACGAGGUGGGGGAAGAGGUGGAGGAUUUAACCGAGGAGGAGGCGGCGGCAGAGGUGGUGGAGGAUUCGGUGGAGGCAGAGGUGGUGGAGGAUUUGGACGGGGCGGGGGCAGAGGUGGCUUUAAUAGGCAACAAGACUACGGUCCUCCAGAAUAUGUUGUUGCACUGGGAGAGUUUGUGCAUCCAUGUGAAGAUGACAUUGUGUGCAAGUGUACGACAGAGGAAAACAAAGUGCCCUACUUCAAUGCCCCAGUGUACUUGGAAAACAAGGAGCAGAUCGGGAAGGUGGAUGAGAUAUUCGGCCAGCUCCGGGACUUUUAUUUUUCAGUCAAACUUUCCGACAAUAUGAAGGCGUCCUCGUUUAAGAAACUACAGAAGUUUUAUAUAGAUCCAAUGAAGCUCCUCCCGCUGCAGAGAUUCCUUCCCAGGCCGCCAGGAGAGAAGGGUCCGCCAAGAGGCCGAGGUGGAGGAAGAGGAGGUGGUCGUGGAGGCGGUUUUCGAGGUGGCAGGGGUGGAGGCGGCCGCGGUGGAUUUGGAGGUGGGCGCGGCGGAGGAUUUGGAGGCGGCCGCGGCGGAGGGUUUGGCGGUGGGCGCGGUGGAGGCUUCAGAGGAGGAAGGGGAGGCGGCGGCGGACGUGGAUUCAGAGGUGGGAGAUGAUCUGACAGUGGUGGUCUCGUGUGGCGGUCCCAUUCCAGUCUUCUGCUACACAAGUAAAAGGGCUGCGUUGUAUAAGAGUGGCUGGCCUGUUGGACUCAUAUGGGCAUGGCCUCUCUUUGUAGAACUUGAAUGGAUUUUCUCCAUUUUUUUUGGUUUUAUUUUUUUUACCAGUUUUGUAUGCGUGAUGGAUCUUGAUGAUUUUUAUUUAAAAGGUUCAUGUGUAUGCUUGUGUGUAACAGUGAGGACCUUUUCAGACUGUAAGGGAGGAUUAUUGGGUCCCUUUGUGAACAGACAUGUCAUUAUCCUGUGCUUGAUGUUUGUGUUAAAAUAUUGGGCCAUGACAAAUGUUUGUACUUCAUUAAUAUUUGAGAUACAUCUCCAUAUAUUCUUUUACUGAUAUGGGAAAAUGGGGGAAAAAUCAGACUUUAUAUGCUGUUGAAAACAUUUUAAUACCCAUCAUUUGUACAAUCUUAAGCUGAAUAUUGUCAUUUUUGUUCAAAGCCUUAAUUAAAAGGUGCUUUGUAA